AUGAAGUACUCAAUGGCAACUCUCGCCCUUGUGGGCGCAGUUUACGCUGUCCCAUACGGCGGAUACGGUUCCGGCGGUGACAACAACACGCCUUCAAACACACCUACACCAUCAGGCGGCUAUGGAGGUGGAUACGGUGGCGGAUAUGGAGGCGGAUACAAUGUUCCUUCAGGAACUGGGUAG